AUGGCCCUGACCGACUCUUCGCUGUGCCUGAGCAUCUGCGUCAGACUGUUCUCACCCCGCUUCAUGAUGUACCGACUGCAGGUCACCUUGGUCACUUAUGAUGCACAAGCUUCCACAUUCACCUCUCUUUUGGACAGCUUGGAAUAUGUGAUGAAAGAUAGCUCCACACAAUGGGAACUGCCACCAGCGGACCAUUCCUACACCAGCACAAGACUUUCUAUGACCAUGAGAACUAUUUCCUAUCGAACACUGACCAGUGAUGACAUUCUUUUUUACACUGGCAUUUCUGUGGCUGCAUUUUACAAGCUCGUGUCAGCACUGAAGACUCAAGACAAGACAAUUCGCAAGCUCUUGACCAUCGAAGACCAGCUGUUAUUGACACUCAUGAGGCGUAGACUUGACCUCCUUUGUGGAGAUUUAGCGAGAUGGUUCGAGGUCUCUGUAGCUUAUGUUUCUAGAACAUUUUCGAGAGUGCUGGAUGACCUGGUGAAGAUCAUGCAAGAAGUUGUUGUGUGGCUUCCACGCUCAAGGUUGCGGGCAAGCAUGCCUGAGAGUUUCAGAAACAGCGAGUACAGUCAGGCAACCUGCAUAUUCGACUGCACUGAAGCACUAAUGCAAAGGCCACGGAAACUGAUGGCCAGAUCACAAAGUUACAGCCAAUACAAGGCUGCAAACACGAUGAAACUUCUUACCGUCAUAGCACCAAAUGGAUUUAUAAUGUUUGUGUCAGAUGUGUAUGGAGGCAGGGCAUCAGACAAAUACAUUGUAAAGAAAUGUGGAGUAGAAGAGUACCUCCUUCCAGGUGAUGAGAUAAUGGCAGACCGUGGUUUCAAGCUUGACCCUUAUAUUGAGGCUCAAGGGAUUAAAAUGAACAGGCCUGCAUUUACAAAAGGAAAGGAUCAGCUACCUGAAAGUGAAGUCACCAAAACUAGGCGCAUCGCAUCGCUACGAAUUCAUGUUGAGCGGGCAAUCAACCGAAUCAAGACGUACAGAAUUUUCAAGCAAGUACUGCCCAUCAAGUCAAGAAAGUAUGCCAGCAAAAUUGUCCUUGUUUGUGCAGGACUCUGUAACCUUAAACGCCCGCUCAUCAACGAACAGACAAAAGCAUAAAUGUCCCGUGUGUACUUUAAUUUAGCCUUAAGCACUCUGAGAAGCGAGUAGGGUAAACUUCACUA